UCAUACAACCAUAUUCUUCCUCUACUAGACCAAGAAAUCUAACAUCAAAUUCCUUUAGAAAAAGAAAAUGAAAACAAAUCAUCAAGAAAUGUCCUCUAAUUUCCACUUCUUAUUGAUUUUUGUUUUCUUGAUUUCACUGCAACCAACAAUUUCAACAUCAUCAUCAUCAUCAAUUGAUCUCAUCCAAAAAACAUGUAAGAACACAAAAUACUAUGAUCUUUGUAUGUCCUCUCUCAAAUCAGAUUCCACAAGUCUCAAAGCAGACACAAAGGGGCUAGCAACUAUCAUGGUCAAAAUUGGAAUGGUCAAUGCCACAGCCACAAACAAAUACUUAAGUUCUUCAAAAUUAGUAUUUAACACUAGUAAUUACUCAAAUGAUGAUGUGGUAUUAAUGAAGAAACUCCUUAACGAUUGUGCUGAUAAGUAUGCAUUAGCUACUAAUGCACUUCAAGAUUCACUUCAAGAUUUGAAUAAUGAAGUUUAUGACUAUGCUUACAUGCAUGUUAUGGCUGCUGCUGAUUACCCUAAUGUCUGUCAUAAUGGGUUUAAGAGGAAUCCAAGAUUGAAUUAUCCACCUCAACUUGCUAUUAGGGAAGAUGGAUUUAAGCAUAUUUGUGAUGUUGUUUUAGGUAUUCUUGAUGCUCUUGGUUGGUGAGAAAAAAUUGUUUAAUUUCUUGCUUUUUAUCAUGUGAUAAGAUUAAACCUUUUCUAUUAUUAUGUCUUUUGGAGUUUUGGUUGGUCUUUGUAGCUCUGUGUAAAUUUAAAGAAAUGAGGAUUUGUAUGUUGCCCUUGUUUAGUA